AUGUUCAUGCCGAAAAAACCACUUUCCCUCACCCUGGCUAAAAGACUCAUGGACGGAGGCAUACUAGUCGUCCUCCGAAAGCUGUUCGAGUACAUGCCUGAUCUCGACAUUAGUUUCAAACGCAAGCCAGUAUUCAUGACUGUCGCUGAAUACCAUACGAUCGAUGUCGGUAGUGUUUUUUCUGACACGUUGAGAGUGGCUGCUGUAGCAGGUAACCUAGCGACUGUACAGUUGCUCAUCAAACAUGGAGUCUCGCUGGAUCUGAACUUGUGCGGGGAAAGCGCACUCGAUGGGGCCGCGCGCUUGAACCAGCUUCCCGUUCUGAAGGCACUAUUGAAGGCAGGAGCCAAGCCGACAGUCGAAGGAGUCAUUCACGGUGGCAGCGUCAACGCUCUGAGAUUGAUUCUUGACAAAAGUGCCGUUGCCAUUGAAGACUCCGCUCUUGAACAAGCUGUGAAAGUAGGCAACGAAGACUUUGUUGAAGCAAUCCUCGAACGGACCGGAAGCUCGAUUGAGAAUUCCAACGCGUUGUCAUAUGCCUGCGACAUCGGCAAUCUGUAUCUGAUCGAUAAACUUCUACAGGCAGGGUCACCAGUCAACCAUCUGGUUGAAGCUGAAGUAUAUCCGAGACGUAAACGUUCGCCUUUGUUGAUAGCUGUCAAGCGGGGACACGAACGCACAGUCAGAAAGCUACUGGAGAAUGGCGCAGACCCUAACCUGAAGACUGACGAUGACCUCACAUUCCCGUUGAUAGCAGCUACUCACGAAGGGUGUCUCGAAAUUGUCCAGCUGCUUCUCCAGCAUGGUGCUGACGUAAAUUGUGAAAUGGCGAAACAAUCGAGCAUCCACCAGCGCUGGGCAGAGCCGAGAGGUAUGUCUCUCAACUUUGACCAAGACUAUCUGGACGAUGACGAGUCAGAACGGGAACAUGAGAUCGAGGGUUCUAUUGAUGAUGAAGUCGCCUCGCAUGCGUCUCAACAAGAUUCGUUUCACACCAAGCUCUCGUAUGUUUUAGAGUUGUUGAGCCUCUCUAUCCCUUCGCGAAGUCUCUCAAUGACAGACGGGAUUCCAUCAACACCUCUCCAACUGGCGUGUGAAUAUGGGGCCUCUGAUAUAGCUAGAGAACUGAUCGCACAUGGCGCAUUGGUUGUCGAUGAGGCUAACACGAAACCUCAAAACCUUUUCUCCGGCUGUUUUAUCGGCGAUUGGUCAACCUCCAUGAGAGAGGUCUUGCAGAUGUUGUGCGAGUACGCCCUGCAUUUGCCUCAGUGGGACGACAUCGGACUCGCCUCAUUCGCAAAAGCUGCAAUCGCGAGAUGCUCAGAAGGAUUCGAACUUCUGGCAAGUUACUUCCCUCCAAGUCCGAUUUUGUUGUCUUUCGCUUGCAUGUGUGGCUCGACUUGUACAGCUCGAACUUGUGUGGAACAAGGAAUCCUAAUUGACACUCUAUUGCCCCAUGGUCUUGCGCCGCUUCACCUUGCGGCUUUAUUUCUGCAAGAUGAUCUGGUCGCUGCCCUACUCAAGGAUGGUGCGGACCCUAACCUCCCCGAUGCUCUUGGACAAACGCCACUUACCCGUGCUAUUUCGGGCCUUCAAAAACUGCUUCAAGUUGGUGAAGAUGAAGUAGAGGAUCUGAUACCUUUGCAUAUUAUCUCUUUCGAGCGAGUCGUACAAUUGCUUCUAGACAGUGGUACUGAUGUCGAUAGUGGCAGCACAGUUGAAGACAAAGCUCUCCACCUAGUAUGCUCCAUGGGCCACGUACCUGUAGCUCGUUCGCUCAUCGAGAAGUCCAAAGAGAUUGACCAGUGGGCGGGAGGCCAUGGAACACCCCUUUUUGCUGCUCUGGACGGGGAUCGACCAAGCAUUAUUGAGAUCCUGCUCGAGCAUGGUGCCGACCCUAACCAGACACGAGAGCUCGACUCGAGCGAUCCGCGUGGUCGUUUCAAGCAUCUUCACAAGAGCAGUGCAAACUCACAUCGGGGACCAGUUGCGCAGACUGCCGUAGAAGCGGCCCUUGGGAAAGAGUCGCCCUUACUUCUUCGGACUUUCUUGUCUCUUGCUCCGGACUUGGAUGUUUCCGAUCUACUCAUGACGGCAUUGAAAGCUAGUUUCAGACGACCGGGAUCGUUGCCGCCAUAUAGUGACCAGACAGGACGUUCACCUUCGGAGAAAUCAGAUUUCGAACUAGUCUUGAACGCUCGCAAGGACUUGUAUGUGUCUGAGAAAGUUAUGGAACGCCUGUUGGAACUUGGUAACGGUGUGCAAUCCGAGCUGCUCAAAUAUGCGCUUAGCCGCCGCGAACGAGGUAUGCCAGCCCAACUGAUCGGACGAGCGACGUCCCGUCUACGGAAUUAUUCCAAUUCUUCAUACGAAAGCUGGAGACGCACCGAUUCGGAAGAAUUCAGUGAUUAUGAUGAUAGCGAUCAAGGGUUUGCGAAAGACGCCAAUUCAACUUGGUAUAGUGGGAACGAAGACAGCGAUCGACAUUCAGAGAAGGAUAACGAUCAAGGGCAUGUAGGAGAAGGCGAAUCAUUCACCACUCACCAUGGCAGCAGCAAACUGGAUGCUGUUUUGACAAGGGGUGACCUGUUCGCAGAGAGGAGGCUAUUUUAUGAUAUCAAAGAUGCUGAACUGGAGAACAGUAACGUUGAUCACGCUCUUAUACUGGCUUCUGAGACAGAUCGUGAGCCAUUGGCCAGGCUUUUGCUCGAGAAAGGCGCAUCGGCAUCUCGCAGUAUCAAUGGACGAAACGCAUUGUCCGCAGCGUCUUACGCCGGCUCAAUCUCGGUUCUAAAGCUUCUCCUGAAUGCUCCCGGCUUUCAUAUCGAACUCACUGAUCAAUACGGACGUACGCCGUUGUGGUGGGCCGCAGCGGGUGGCAACGUCCAAAUCAUCAGGCUGUUGCUGAACCAAUGCCAAAGCAAUCCAUCCAAAGCAGAUUGGCUUGACCGAUCUCCAGCUAUGAUAGCUGCUAUGAAGGGUAAUUAUUCCGCAAUGGAUUUGCUAUUGAGUAAGGUCUUUAAGAGAACAGAUCUAGAGUAUGAUGCCACUCUCGGAGCUUUCGCAAUCAACGGUCGACAGCCAUGGUUAUCUUGCGAUAUCUGCACGGCACCGAUCCAGUUGUCACACCAUCACUAUCACUGUAAUACCUGUUCUGGGGGAGACUGGGACAUGUGCAAAGAGUGCAAAGAAGGCGGGGCGUCGUGUCAUGACCUUUCACAUGAGUUGGUUGAACGUGUGAUGAGGGACGGUGCCUGGGUUGAACACAAGGGUGAGAGAUUGCCUUUUUUGUAG